AGUUGUUCGCUGCACAUGUCUUUGCUAAACAUUUUUGUGAUCGGCCUUGUUCUGAUGUUAUUUUGAAUGCUUUGAAACUCAAYUACCCAUUGCGAUGAUAGUAUUCUUCCAGAUUAUUUUCUGUGCUUUGAAGGAAUUUCUAAACAAUGUGUUAUUUGAAGACAAUAAGGGGAACACUGGAAACAAGAAUGAAGAUUGCAAAGCGAGCAAUGAACAUGAGAAAACAUAUCAAGAAUCUGUUUACCUGCCAAGCAGCAUCAACAGUUGUGUUAAUGUUGCAAGUACUGUUGAUAACAGUAAUUGUGAGGCCAUGUACCUUGAAGUAUUAUCCUCAAAAAAUCCAUUAGUUCCAAAGGAAUUCCUAAAAAACUUUAAAAAGAAAUCCACUCAGUUGACAACUCCUUCUAAAACUGAAAAGUCUGAGUAUAAAACUCUCCUAAUGCAAGACAAAGACACAAGGAUUCAAGAUAGUAAGACGACUGUUCAAUGUGAUGAACCAAUAUCCUGGAACAAAAGUGACUCUUCAUAUUCAGAUUUUGAAGUCGAUGAAUCAGAUGCACUUUCAUCUACUCUGCAGCAAAGAUUAGAUAAUUGUUUAUCAGAACGAGACUGGCUUAAUGAAUUGCAAUACUUAUUUACAGCAGACUUAAAAGAUGAUCUUAGAAUAAUGUUGAGGAAGUCUUUUAGUGUGAGUAAAGAUCCGUUAAAUUUUGUUCKCUUCAUAAUGUCUAAUGCUGAACAUGAUCUCUUUUCUGGCAAGAAUUCUUUGACUCACGUCAUGUUGGUUGAAUUUGAAAGCUGGUUGGAGAGGCAGACUGAAGGAAAGAACCAACUAGAACUUCAAAAUUUAGGGCUGAUUCCCAGCCAAGAACAUCAGGAUAAUGCUUUGGAAAUUAUUGUCACCUCCAAGCUGUUAUUCUUUGAGCCAAUUAAGAGGAUCUUUAAACUGGAUUGCAGCAAUAAUGGUUUUCUUGAGAAGCAUAUUCGAUACUUGCUUCACACUGGAAAAAGAUAUAAAGAGGCAGCAACUUUUGUUUACAAGUUGAAUCUUCAGACCCACUUUGAGCCWACAGAGGUUUGUAUCAGUCAUCUUUUACUAGAUCAUCUAUUUACUUAUAGUUAUAUCAUGAGUUGUCCUUGGCAACAAAGAGCAUACCUCAGUAUGCUGGAUAAACUUUGUGGAAUGAAWGACGAUGAACUUCAGGAAAUUGUUGACUCUGCAAAUAUUUAUCCCAAACCUAAAGAAAACAAGCUGAAGAACAAGAUCAUAGUCAAGAUAGCUGAACGACUGGUUAAGAAGUUUCACUUAAAUGGAGAGGAUUUUCCAAAUGUGUACAAAGAAAAGAACUUCAACGGAUUACGAUAUUUACUGCAUAAGAAAUAUACAGAGAAAAACAAAUCAUCGAAGAAGUGGGACAAUCUAAUCGAGUCUGCUAUUGGUAAUAACUAUUGGCUUCAAGAAAGACUCAUUGAAGGUCUUGUAGACUAUGACGAUAUUGAAGAGGCUGUUAGAUGGACAAACUACUACAAACUCCCUCUGGAAACUGUUCCAUUUGUCGUUCAAGAAGCACUAAGAGAAUGGAAUGAUGUUGAGGUAUCUGAUGAGGAAGAGAACUGGGAGCUUGCUGAUGAAGACAAGYGCCAAGUGGUUACAGAUAGGCAACCUCCUCUAGAGGAAUUCCCUCAGAAUUCUGUAUUGCACCARUUUCCUCUUCCUUUUGAGAAAAUCAUUUUUAUUGACGAUGAAUGGGGUUUGACAGAGUGUCUGUCUGUUGUCAGCCAGUCGGAAAACAAAAUUUUCAAGUUCACUGUUUAUGGAAUGUCAUGGAGACGCYUUGAUGGAUACCACCAAAAUCUACUUUCAUGUCACGACGAAGAUUCCGCGAAUAUUGCUAAGAACGCACUACAAGAAGACGAACUGAGACCAUAUUCUAUUUCGUGUUUUGUAUCAUCACAGAAAGGAGCUGUUAUUGGUUUUGAUGCAGAGUGGAGACCAACCAUGUGUCGGGCAGAGAGUAACGACAAGUUAGCCAUUAUCCAGCUAGCAACUUGGACGCAUGUGUUCAUACUUGAUAUCAUCGCUUUGAUGAAGAGUGUUAGCUUUGAACAACUUCAGGAUUUCGGCCGAAAUGUUUUCUCAAACCCAAACGUCCUUAAACUAGGYUAUGGAUGUGAAUCAGAYUUCCAGGUUAUGAUGACAUCAUGCCCWCCGUUCAAAGACCCUUUGAGUCAAGUCAAGCGCUUUGUAGACAUCUGCCCUCUCAGCAAACAAGUGCUAAGCCUUCCUCAAAUYAAGAAAAAAAUAAACACCAUAAGAGAGAGGAAAGAUCUAAAAAGAUUCGAAAUGGAGAGAGGACUAAGUGAACUCGUCAUGCUUUGCUUGGGUAAACCGCUGGACAAAACGUACCAAGUGUCAGACUGGGAAGGAAGACCGCUUUUGCCAGAACAGUUGACGUACGCAGCCUUGGAUGCAUACUGUUUGUUAGAAGUCUAUUCAGUUCUUCAUGACUGGGUGCAAGAGAGCCGGGUGCAUGUCAAUAUGGAACCUGAGCUACACUUAUCGUCUCUUGGGUCAGCGGCUGGCAAGAAAARAGCAAGAAACUCAGCCCGUCCAAAACAUCGCAAACCAGGAKCUUUAGGAGAGCCGAUGUCUGGCCCAGUACGAGGAGGRGAGCCAAUAUCAGUACGAAGUCUUUCGGUCGUAGUCGACACUAUGCUACAAGGUCUGGGACGACAACUUAGGUGCUGUGGCGUAGAUGUYAAGAUCCUUAGUACUGGAACAACUCAUGAUGAGGCUGCUAAGAUAGCCAGAGAUGAAAAUAGAAUACUGCUCACAAGUGGUACACCUUACUACACUAUGAGAUCUCAAGUUCCUGAAGGGAUGUGUAUGUGUGUACCUGCCGGAACAGCUAAGGAACAAGUAGCAGAAGUAUUACGGUACUACAACGUCAGAGUAACACCUGAAGAUAUAUUUAGCCGCUGUCAGAUUUGUAACGGCAAUCAGUACAUCAAAGUUCUACCAGAGCAUAUAAAAGCUGCUUAUUUGAUCAUGGUCAACGGGAAUUACGAUGCAUUGRAAUAUUUACACCAUUCAUUAGACUGUCCAAUAGACUUUGAAACUCUCACGCUAAAAGCUUCAGGAAUACAGCUUAAGUUGGGUCUUCUUCAUGAAGAAAUAUGGAGCAGAAAAAUUGACUUGUUUUACGUCUGUGCCUCUUGUGGGAAAGUCUUCUGGGAAGGGUCACAUUUCAAGAAUGUUCUGGAGCAGUUUGCUCAUGUUUUGGAUGAAGGUGACGGACAAAGCCGCGGCAGAACGGUGUACAAUUCAUAGGUGCGCAAGAAUGUUUUUAAAAGCUUUAUGUGUAUAAGUYGUUGAUUAAGACGAGUUAAUGUUCAAAAAUAGAACCAGUGUGUUUACARAAGCUGAUCUCACACUGGACGUAUACACACAGUAGUCUUAUCCCACACUAAGAUACAAUGACGCGGACUACUUUUUCAUUAUCGUAGUGAUCAUUGCUGCUCGGGGGAAAUGGCUGUUAGCCCCCAUGCAAACUAAGUUUCAUUUUACGUUAUAUUCAUUCCAAGGCAUUUCCGACCUGCAAAUGGCAGGAAAACAACUGAUAAACCUCUGCUGUGUUAUAUUUUCGUUAUUAACAAUAAAAAAUACGUCAAGAUUUUAUUACUUUA